AUGCAUCGGACCUUCCUGCAUUACUCGAAGCAUUUCACAGCAUCGAGAGGAUGUCGCUCCUACAGUGCUGGUCGUCGACUGGCGCAAAGGGAGACGUCUCAAGUCCCCCAAAUCAAUACUUCGUACGCAAAUAUCGACCUUGAAGAAUUCCGUCAUAGAGCUUUUGCGCCAGAGAAACCUCUCUUGAUGAAACGACAGCCAGGAGAAGUACAAGCGUUGCCGGCUACGAGAAAGUGGUUUGUGGCUAGCGAAAAGAAUUCGAAUCGUUGCGAUGUCCAAUAUCUUCGCCAGUUCGAAGACGUUUAUCUACCAUAUGAGCUCCACCUCGAUGAGAAGGGAACUAUUUCCCUAAAGGAUUCUAAGCAGGAGGGUUUGCUCAAGGAAAUAUUAUCGCAUCUAGGCGAACGCCCUCAACAUGGUUUCCAUCGAAUCAACGCUCCAUUGUCCCUAUUCCUGUCAGCAUAUACGCUAUCAUGGCCGCAUUCUCUAUACAUCGCACAAGCACAAAUGGCAGAUCUGCCUAAGCAAUUACAAGACGACCUGCCGACGCCCCGUAUAGUCCAGCAAGCCGGGAAAGGAGAUAUAUACGAUGCGAACAUUUGGAUGGGGACACUCAAUACAUAUACACCACUACACAAGGACCCAAACCCCAAUUUAUUCACACAAAUCGUCGGCGAAAAACAAGUCAAAUUGUACCCUCCAGCCGUUGGACGCGGGAUAUUCCAGCAUGUGCAAGAGCAAAUUGGACAGAAUUCGUCAGCGACGUUUAGAGGAGAGGAGAUGAUGGCCGGGCCUGAAGCUCUUGCUUUGGAGAAUGCUGUUUGGGGUAAUGGCUCAGAUGCGGGAAGAUGGGAUGGAGAACUUGUUGCGGAUGUGGACCCUGGAGAUGCGCUGUUCAUUCCGAAAGGGUGGUGGCAUAGUAUCAAAAGUUUUGGGUCUCAGCCUGUUACGGUGUCUGCGAAUUGGUGGUUCAGAUGA